AAAAAAAAAUUAAUAAAAAAAAUAUACAUAUUUGAAUCAUAAGAGGGUUAUAUAGUUAAACUGUUCGGUGAAGAAGGUUAUAUAACUCAAUACCAUGAAUACACGACUCUUGAUAACUGAAGUUCCGUUACUUGUCGUCAAAAGCUUCAUCGCUGCGCGCUAUGCAGACCACGAUGUUCCCGUCGACACUACCAAAACAACCAUUCACAUUUCUCUAAUUUACAUUUCCAUGGCCGUUCUCCACCACUCUAACAUUUCCUCACUUAGCACCGCUUAUCUACAUUUCCCAAACCACUGUCCCGAAAGUUCAACUCUUGCUUUGACGAAAAAACACCAAUGGCGAUUUCAAAGCAUACACUCCAAUCUCCGCUCUUUUCGUUUCCGAGCCCACAGUUCUGCGUUUCUUCGCCCUUUCUGUUCUUCGAAACUUGAAAAAGACGGCGGCGAAACAAUAGUCGAAGAUUGGGCUCGAUUUUUCGGUUCGGUUCUACCACACGGAAGUUGGUGGAGAUUACAUGAUGAUCAGGAAGAUGAAGUACCGCAAUUCCCAGCGGCGAAACCUGUUACGGCGUCGUUCGCUAUUCGGAGAAUGUGGGAGUUGAUUGGGGACGAUAGGUGGAUUGUCUUCGUGGGAUGUGGUGCUUUGAUCGGAGCCGCGGUUUCUGAGAUUUCAAUGCCUGCUAUAUUGACCGCAGUUAUUUUUUCAGCUCAACGAGGUGAUUCCAUGGUUUUUUAUAGGAACUCGCAGUUACUGGUUCUACUGUGUCUCAUCUCUGGAAUUUGCAGCGGUAUCCGAAGUGGCUGUUUCGCAGUUGUUAAUACAAUUUUGGUCAGGCGACUAAGAGAAACUCUAUAUUCUGUGAUCAUCUUUCAGGAUAUAUCCUUUUUCGAUAGAGAAACUAUUGGGGAUUUGACAAGCAGGCUUGGGGCAGACUGCCAACGGCUUUCUAGUGUCAUUGGGAAUGAUAUUAACUUAAUUUUACGGAAUCUACUUCAGGGGACAGGGGCACUGGUAAAUUUGUUGAUGUUAUCUUGGCCUCUCGCAUUAUCUGCAGUGGUGAUAUGCUCUGUAUUAUCUACAAUUUUUCAUCAUUAUAGUUGGUAUCAAAAGAAUGCUGCAAAGUUGACACAAGAUUUCACCGCUGGUGCUAAUGAGGUUGCACGAGAAACAUUUUCUUUGAUAAGAACUGUCCGGAUUUAUGAGACAGAAGAAAAAGAAGAAGGAAGGUUCAACCACUGGCUGGAUAAAAUUAGUUUCAUAACUAUGCGAGAAAGUGUGGCUUAUGGACUCUGGAAUCUUAGCUUUUUUACUCUAUACCGUUCAACACAGGUUUUUGCAGUUCUUUUGGGAGGAAUGUCAAUUCUAAGUGGUCAUGUAACGCCUGAGCAUCUUACUAAGUAUGUUUUAUACUGUGAAUGGUUAAUUUUUGCCACUUGGAGGGUCACAGACAGUGUAUCAACAUUAGUGCAGUCUGUUGGAGCAAGUGAGGAAGUUUUUCAAUUAAUGAAUCUUGUGCCCAGUAAUCAAUUUCUAUCAAAAGGUGAGAAAUUACAGAAGAUUAUGGGACACAUUCAGUUUGUGAAUGUAUCGUUUUGCUAUGCUUCAAGGAUGAAAAUACUGGUUUUAGAUCGUGUAAACAUUUCUAUAGAAGCAAAUGAAGUCAUUGCAAUUGUCGGCCCAAAUGGUAGUGGGAAGAGCACAAUAAUCAAUCUCUUGCUUCGUAUCUAUGAGCCCAUCAGUGGUCAGAUUUACAUUGAUGGUAUCCCUCUUAAAGAGCUGGAUGUCAGGUGGAUGAGAGAAAAAAUUGGUUUAGUUGAACAGGAACCCCAUCUGUUUCAUAUGGAUGUCAAGUCAAAUAUCAAAUAUGGCUGCUCUAGAGACAUUAAACAGGAAGACAUAGAAUGUGCAGCCAAGCAGGCAUAUGCACAUGAUUUCAUCUCAUCUUUCCCUGAUGGUUAUGAAACCCUUGUUGAUGACAAGUUACUCAGUGGGGGCCAAAAGCAGCGAAUAGCUAUUGCUAGGGCCAUUCUUAGAGACCCUGCUAUUUUGAUCCUCGAUGAAGCUACUAGUGCUCUAGAUUCUGAAAGUGAACAUUAUGUCAAGGGGGUUAUCCAUGCAUUCAGGAAUGACCUGAAAUCCAAAAGAACUGUUAUUGUCAUAGCACAUAGGCUCUCUACAAUCAAAGCUGCUGACAGAAUCAUAGUUAUGGACAGCGGCCGAGUCAUUGAGAUGGGGAACCACUUAGAGCUCAUGUUAAAAGAUGAAUUUUAUGCAAACUUAGUUCGAGCUCAGACAGAGGGUCUUUUGGCUUGAUUUUAGCUAACUAGGUUCAUUGUGUGGCUCCUUCUGUCUGAUACUACUCCAUCAGGCAUCCCUGCUUUGAGGAUUCGACCUGGUUCGUGGACUCACUUAGCUUAGGGAUGGUAAUUUGACCUGGCAAGGCAGUGUACUGUGGUGAUCUGUCUCUAAUAGUAUAAUUUUCUCUGAAAUAAACGGGACAGAUAACAGGGAGGGAAUUCGCUGUUUAAAAAUUGAUGGGGUGGGACGGGACGGUGGUGCCGUGGUGGUAUUACUUUCUUCACACCAAAUCUGCACCUUUUAUGUAUUAUAAUUAAUAUAUAUAUAUAUAUAUAUUUCAAAAUAUAUAUGUUUUAUGUUUUUUAUUUGAUGAAUUCGUUGUAUAAAUAUUAAAUGGGAUGAAGAUAUUUAAAAA